GGACGAUGGAAAACAUCCCUCCCGCGUGUCAGCUGUGUUUUUAGCACUAUUCAGUCAUGCCACUAUGGACCAAUGUCUACAUUUGCAACACUUGAGGGGGCUUGCGUCGUGAAAAUGCUUCUUUAAACUCCUAUUUUUCGAUUGUUUUUAAAAUAAAAAGAAAGACACAAGGGACACAGCUGUGGGUCCGAACUGUUGACCGCUUGUUGUUGUUGUUGCAGGGGAUUAAGUGACCUAGCAUAUGAUAAUACUAUUAGUGAAAAGGUGAAAUUAGCCGGGCAAAGCAAUGCAAGUCACGGAUUGCGUGAUCUCUGCCCCUGGGAAGGCGAUCCUGCACGGAGAGCAUGCUGUAGUUCAUGGAAAGGUGGCUCUUGCUGUGAGUUUGAACCUGAGAACUUAUUUGCAACUGAAAGGCACUUCUGAUGGGAAGGUUUGCAUCAACCUCCCAAAUAUCGAUACCUUCCACUCCUGGGACAUUUCUGAACUCAAGGAGCUUGUCCCUUCUAUCAAUGGUAAGAAAGAGGCACAGCGUCUGGAUGCUGAACUUGUGAGGAGACUGCGUGAAUUUUUGGGUGUUACCAAUGGGAACUUGGAUACCUGCAACAUGGCCACCUUAGCCUUCCUUUACAUCUACCUGUCACUGUGUGGAUCAGGAGAGCUGCCCAGCCUGACGGUGUGUGUAUGGUCAGAGCUUCCAACCGGAGCAGGACUGGGGUCAAGUGCUGCCUUCUCAGUGUGUGUAGCUGCUGCUCUGCUCUGCUCAAGUGGUGCCAUCCCUGCUCCUCUCAAAGAGUGGGAUCACACGGCCAGAUGGUCUCAGGAGGACUUGGAGAGGAUCAACAGUUGGGCUUUCCAAGGGGAGAUGAUCAUCCACGGAAAUCCUUCAGGAGUUGACAACGCUGUGGGAACAUGGGGCGGCAUGCUGAGAUUCUUAGCUGGGAAGAUAAUACCGCUGAACAGGGUGCCAUUAUUAAGAAUCCUCCUCACUAACACCAAAGUACCACGUAGUACCAAGGUACUCGUUGCCAGGGUGAAGGACAAAAUUAACAAGUUUCCUUCUAUCUUGACUCCCGUGCUCGACUCGGUUGAUGCCAUUUCUUGCACUUGUGAGAGAGUUUUGUCAGAGAUGACUCAUCAGCCCAUCACAGGAGAUCACUACAAUAUUCUCGAGGAGCUGAUUGACAUGAACCAGCACCACCUGAACGUGAUGGGUGUGGGGCACCCUGCUCUGGACACGCUGUGCCGGGUCACGUUGACCAAAGGACUCCACAGCAAGCUGACGGGCGCAGGAGGAGGAGGGUGUGGCAUCACACUUCUGAGACCAGAAACCGACUCCUUAGUUGUCCAGAGCACAUUGCAGGACUUGAGGGACUGUGGCUUUGACUGCUGGGAAACAAGUAUUGGUGGACCAGGGGUCCAGCAGCAUUCCCUCUCCUCCGUCAAGGGGGAAAUUCUCGAGGUUUUAAGUGGUUACUGAGAACCAUCUGCAUCUCAGCAAGACAACCCAUACACUGUUUUUGUUACUACAAGAUCUGAGGUUUAUUGAAUUACCGUGAUAUCGGGGGCCUACACCACCAAAGCAUUUUGAAUGCUGUGGAGCUGGACCAGACUUUCAUCAUUUAUAUUUAUAGAUUUUCGUGGCUGAAAAAAGAAACAAAUGAAAAAGGUUUUUAAAACUAGCAAAAAUGAAAUAAAUUUCAUAUUUGGAUUGAAGCGUCUCAAUUAUUUUCUCAAGGAUACAAUCAUAAACACUUUGUCCGCUAGAUGGCACCAGAGUUUCACAAAUGCUUUUUAGGAACGCCGCUUUACUCUUUGAGCUUGAUAAAAGUUGAUGCGAAGGUGAAGCACUGGAUUAGAUUAUUGACAUUUAUAUUUACUCCUGGGACUUUAGAUAUGUAGGGAUGUUUGGUACCUUGCAAGAAUUAACGAGAGCAUCUUGAAUUAACCUUAACAUGAAACUGAAAGGAAAGAAAAUCUAAAUUAUCAUAAGUAUGUACUUAAAAUUCAUUUAUGAUCACUUAUAAUGAAUUUUCAAAGCCCAAUCCAUGCCACUUGGAAUUGAUCUCAAGUAUUCUCCUGAAUGUUGCAUUAAUAUAUUACUGAAACAUCAUUGUUACUAUGUAAAAUUAUGCAGGAACUGAAAAAUUCUGUAGUGUGUGAAUGUUUUUAUGUAUUUUUAUGGUAAAAGAUGAACUGGUUGUGUAGUUUCAUUAAGGAAGGACGGACAAAGGGGAGCGGCAGGAGUGCAAGGCCUCUGGAGGCUCUGGAUUAGCAGCACUAUAAUAUGAAUAAACAACAACCAGCAUCCUUCUGAGUCUCAAAUAUUUACUUACACACAUAGAAACACAAAGACUUUGCCAAAUUCUCCUCCGCCUAAUCACUCGUCUUCCUAAGCACGACCAAACUAUGCUGCAAAUGUUGUGGAUGCAGAUGACAGAUCUGUCUGGAAUAUCCCUGGUUUAGGGAAAAGGUCAUGUGUGAUUCAGUGGAGUUUGAAUAUCCGUUUAAUUUUCUAUUUUUUAAAUGUCAUGAAGAUUGAGUGGUCCAAAUCUGGCAGUGUGCACAAAUAAACGGCAUUUGUCACCCUGCUUCCUUUUUCUGCCUAGCGCCUUCUCUGUCCCCUUGAAUUGUGUCAUCUUUAUGGCAGGGCAGCCCCCCUCCAUCCCCCAUAUCCACCCAACCAACCCCAACAGCUUGCUGCACAGUUCCCCCAAACCCCUGCUGGAAUUUAAUUACCACUGUGCUUUUCAAUUGAAAUGGUAUUGUUGAGGGGGGUGGGCUGGGGGUACAAGGAAGGGAGAACGGAGCCAGUUUUAUAUGAAACCUCUCUUUUUAUCCUCUGCCAUUGCAUUUAACCUUGCAAGGCACAUGGUAUUGUAAUUCCUGCUCCUUCCUGCUCUGAUGAAUAGAAUAUAAGGAGCGUGUGAGAUUAUUUGAGAUAACCCAGCGAGUGAGGAAAAGGGUCAAGGAGAACGUCAGAAACACAGAUGUGUG